UUUAUUUUUUCGCCAUCUCAUUUCAACACAACCCCCCUCUCUCUCAUUCUUUCUUUCUUUCUUUCUCUCUCUCAUCAACCCACACCAAACACCAAUCACUUAUCUUCUACUGUCUGCACAAAGUGCAAAUCCACCAGAACCAUCAAAAUGCACCAUCGCCAACACCACCCAGCCACCGCCGUUCCCUCCUCCCCAGACGUCGGUUCCCCCAUUUCCGACGGCUGUCAAACCAAGUUUGGCAAAAAGCGUGGCAGCUACAACUGUGGCAGAUGCGGUCUCCCCAAGAAAGGCCACUCCUGUCACAUUCCCGCCACCACCACCGCCACUCCAACAACCUCCAACUCAUCCGCCGCCGCCCCACCUUCUCCUCUCUCUGUCGUUCGACCCCCGCCGCCUCCACGCCGGCAGUAUUCCCACCUCCGGCGAGCGCUCUCUUUCGAUGACAUUGAUGUCAGGGAAUAUCCGGAAUCUGACAAUGACGAUGAUUGCAUUUUGUUGGAGUUGGAAUCGGGUGUUGAUUCUGGCAAGCUGCCGGCGAGUUGUAUGUGGGAGGUGCUGAGGAGGUUGCCUCCGCCGGCGCUGUUGGCGGCGGCAAGGGUGUGUAAAGGGUGGAGGGAUACGGCAAGGAGACUUUGGCGGGCGGCGGAGGAACUGAGACUGAGGGUUCCGGCCAAGGCUCCGAUUGGAUUCGCUGGAUCGGUGUUGCAAAAGUGUCCAGGGCUAGUUAGACUCUCUCUUAGAAUGGAAAGUGAUGUGGAUGCAACAAUGCUGGCCUGCAUAGCUUUCUCCUGCCCUAACCUGGAGUCCAUGGAGAUCUUUUCAUCUGAUAAAUCGGUCAAUUGGAUUACUGGGGAUGAGUUAGGACGUUUUGUUGCUGAUAAACGACAUCUUUCAAGCAUUAAAAUGGAAGGCGGUUCAAACCUUGGGGGUUUCAUGCUUUGUUCAUCAAGUCUUUCUACCAUUUGGCUUUCGGAUCUCCAUUCCCUCUCUAAGAUGGUUUUCAAUUGCCCCAAUCUGAAGGAGAUUUCCCUAGAUUUUUCUCGCCAAGAAAAUGAUAGUACUGAUCUUGCUAGCAUGGUGGAUGGUCUGGGAAGGAGCUGUCCGAGGUUACAAAACAUCCACAUUGCUUCAGUUCGUCUUUCUAAUGCUGUUGUGCUAGCUCUUACUGCUGCAGAUUUGAGGGGGUUGCGAAUGCUUUCUCUUGUGCUUGGAUCAGAAAUCACUGAUGCAUCUGUUGCAGCAAUUACUUCAAGCUACUCAAACCUAGAAUUGCUUGACCUAAGUGGGUCUAGCAUCAGUGACAGUGGCAUUGGGAUGAUUUGCAAUGUGUUCCCUGAAACACUAUCAAGGCUUCUCCUUGCUCUCUGCCCGAAUAUCACUUCAAGUGGCAUUCAGUUUGCCACAGCUCAAUUGCCUCUUCUUGAACUUAUGGACUGUGGGAUGACUAUAUGUGAUCCCAAUUCCUCAAGCCCAAACUUUGAAGAAGGCAGUGACUAUGAUUUACAGACAACACCCAACAGCAAACUGCACCUUAUUUACCAGAAGCUGAUUAUCAAACAUAGCCGGUUGAAAAAACUAAGCUUGUGGGGUUGUUCUGGCUUAGAUGCUUUGUAUUUAAACUGCCCAGAACUCAGUGAUUUAAAUCUGAACUCCUGUAAAAAUUUGCAUCCAGAGAGAUUGUUACUUCAGUGUCCCGGUUUAGAAAGUGUCCAUGCAUCAGGUUGCCAAGAUAUGCUGGUUGAAAUCAUUCAAAACCAGGCUUGUAGCCAGUUUGUGGCUGUAGACAACCAUUUUCCUUGUAAGCGUUCAGCUGAUGGCUCCAAGAGAGUCCGUGUCCCAUUUUCUUUCACUGAACAGGCAUCCGAUGAUGAUAAGAAGGAAAGGAGGACUUUAAAACGGCGGUGUACUGUGCUAGUGGAUUGAUCAAACACAUGCCCUUAUGACGUUACUGUACACAUGGUGCACUUGUUUGAUCUAAACGGUCUGCAACUGUGAAAAUGGUGUAUAGGGCUUGUUGCCUGACAGAUGAUGCCCUUUUCUUUAUCACAACCCCAGGGUUCUUGUAGUCCUCUAAACUAAUACUUGGGGAACAGAAACAUUGGAUUCAUUGCUAUAGUUUAUUAAAUCUGCUCAUCUUGAAAAUAAAGAUUCUUUCAUUUUGUUGA